GCCGCGGCAUCGAUUCGUUACGAGAUAAUCCGUGGAUAUUUCUUAAUAAAAAUCUAAAGUCGCGUGUGUUGACGUGACUUUUUGUUACGAAGAAACGGAUGGGCUGAUAUGAAUUGUGCGUACUACCAACAACACGGGGUCCCGCACCCCGCUACCCAUAAUGUCAACAAUAAUUACUUCAACGAGGAGCACCCGAGUCUACGCGGCACGCCUUUGGCGAUGCUUGCAGCUCAGUGUAACAAGCUUUCAAGUAAAUCGCCUCCACCUUUAGCCGAUGCUGCCGUCGGCAAAGGUUUUCAUCCAUGGAAGAAAAGUCCUGGCACCCACUCGCCGCCUGGCGCUGGUAUCGCACCGCGGUCCCAAGCCCAGGCCUGUGCACCGUAUGCACGGGCACCCACGUCGUGCGCUGCGGCACCCUCAUAUGGCAAUGAGCUCUACUUUCCGUCCUCGGGUGAUCAAUUACUCGGAAAGAGUGAAUCAAGUGCAAGCCUCGGUUCUAUGUAUUCUAGACACCCCUAUGAAUCUUGGCCAUUCAAUGUUGGAAGCGGUGGUAGCAGUGGUGCAUUGAAGGCAGCAGAAAUGGGGGGAGUUGGUGCUGUUGGCAGUACGUGGUGGGAUGUACAUAGUGGAUGGCUAGACGUUGGAGGGCAGAUGGCUAAUUAUGCCGGUCAAGAUUAUUCUCAACUUACACAUUCGCUGUCCGGUGGAGCACACUUAUUGCCUCCAGCGCCUCAUCUAUUGCAAGACGCUUACAAGUCGGUGUUGCCCACACAAGGAUCAUUCGGUCUCCACGCUCCGGGUUCCCCUGCACCACCGGCCCAAGCACCAUCACCCCGAUCACAAAGGCGGUAUGCUGGUCGAGCUACGUGUGACUGCCCCAACUGCCAAGAAGCCGAACGUCUCGGUCCUGCGGGGGCACAUCUACGUAAGAAAAACAUACACAGUUGCCACAUACCAGGAUGUGGCAAAGUUUAUGGUAAAACAUCCCACUUAAAAGCUCAUUUACGCUGGCAUACCGGUGAGAGACCGUUCGUUUGCAAUUGGCUAUUCUGCGGCAAAAGAUUUACACGCUCUGAUGAGUUGCAACGACACCUAAGAACGCACACCGGCGAAAAGAGGUUCGCAUGUCCGGUAUGCAAUAAACGUUUUAUGCGUUCAGACCAUCUCGCAAAGCACGUGAAAACGCACAACGGUGGCAAAAAAGGUAGCUCUGAAUCUUGUUCAGACUCAGAAGAGAACAGUCAGGGUGAGACCGGUGGCGGUCGGUCUCCUGAACAUCCGUUAGACGUCAAGCCGGGGGCGCUAGUGUGACGGGGGGGCGCGGCGCUCGCAGUGCCGCACCACGCCUCAACGCUCCUGUGAUACCGCUGCCGCGAGAACAUGACGCCGCCGCUCUCGUCUGUACGUGUACAUAGCACAUAUCAAGCAAUGUAUAUUAAAGUGAAUUUGUAACAAAAGUAAAAGACUCGGCAGUAUGUCGAUGCCUUAACACUGUAUGUGUUUGUGGUGAGACUUGAAAGUGUACAGUAUAGAUAUUAUUAAAUAUUAUCUAUUACAUAAUAACUAAAUAUUAUAUAGUAAAUUAGAUUAAGUAGAAUCACACUCUUAGUCCAAAAUCGCAGUUGUAAUUUAUUUCAUAAAUUGUUUUUAUUGUAAAGAUAUAUCUAUAAUAAUUACCUCAACAAAUGACAUUAGAAAAAAUAAACAUAAUAUUUAUUUAUCAUUUGUUUUACAUACAGUAAAAGUUUUAAUUUAUAUGUAAUAUCAAUAUCGCAGUAAGAUUUUUAUGAAUGAGAAACGGAAAGCGUAAGAAAUAUACAAACUAAAAUAACGUUAGUUCAUAUUUGUGGAUAAUUGUAAUAAUAGUAGAAAAUUUUUAAUUGAUUGAUAAGUUUCGAUAAAGAAGGAAGCGAAAGAUUUAUUCAACGAUAUGUACUUAGUUCUUUAUUUUUUUUGCAAUCGAUAUUAUUACGAAUCAAUGUCCAACGACUCAAAACGAUGUAACUGGUUUGUGAAUGUGAAACUAAUACAAAACUUCGGUCUGUAAUAAAAAUGCUAUUCCAGUAACUUAGUUUUAUGUGUAAAUUAAUGUUUGUUAUAAUAUGUACAAAAUUGUGCGAAUAAAAUUGCCUGAUUUGAUUUUAUAAAAAUUGAAUAUAUUUUCCGAGUGGA